AUGUCAGGAGGGAUGGAGAGAAGGAACAUUUCGGAGAUGCUGCCCAAUUUCAGUGCCACCUCAGGAGCUCAACUGAACGAAGCACUGCAAAUGCAGGUGGAAGUGGAGAGGAGGCUGAGCGACCAUCUUGAGGUUCAGAGAAGUCUAAAGCUGAAGAUCGAAGCUCAGGGGAGGUUCCCGGAGAGGAUGGUGGAGGAGCACAGGAACAGAGCUGCUUUCUCCAAGCCUAGGCCCUUCCCUACCAUGUCCUUGCCAUCUCUCUGCGACGAGUCCGAGUCCAACACCAAGGAAGACGAGUCGGACUCGGAAGGAGACCGCCUGGAAGUUCAGUCGGCACAGGAUUUCAGGCUUAUGAAGAGACUCAGAAUGGAGAACGACAUUCUGCCGCUGCGGUACAAGAUCUCUUCUUCAGUGGCUGCUGCGGCAGUACUGGAUCCCUACUCGGCGGCUGUUCAGAACAUGAUGAUGUUUCAGAAAGAUGCCAAGUUCUCGUACUCAACUCAAGGGAUCAACUUUGCCUGGAACAACAUGGCCCGCCCCACCCCCCUGCUACCUAGCUUUUUCUGAAACACAGUUGAGGACUAACGCAUUAUUUGGAUUGUUUCUUUUUUUAUUUUUCGUAAACAAUACAUGAAGUAGGCUGUUUUGGGACGAUCGAAUAAGGGAGAAAGAAAACUAAAAAAAAAUAAAAAUCCAUUUUCGCCCCAUUAUAAUAUCAUGUCUAGCAAUAAGCAUCCUAAUAUGAUGCAUAUAUUUUUCCUUCUUUUUACCCGAAAAGGUUGAUGUAUUGUGGUAAGUGGUGACUCUAUAUAUGUAUCAAUGUGAUAAUGUUAAAACCUUGAAAAACACAAUGUCU